AUGGCGCGGUUGUGGGACGUCUCCAUCCGCUUCGGCUGCGUCCUGCUGGGCUUUACAUUGCGACACGUCCUUGACAGACUCUUGAAGAUGGACGAGGGCCCGGCGCGCGGCGGGGAUGCCUCAAGCUACGCUCAGCACAGCGAGGAGCACAAGAUGGUUCUAGUGGUCAACGAUGAACUGAAGAUGGGCAAAGGGAAGAUAGGCGCUCAGUGUGCACACGCGGCUGUCGGCGCGGUGGAGCUGGCCACCCUCCGGGCGCCGCACGCCCUGGACGCAUGGGAGAGCAGGGGCCAGGCCAAGAUCUGCCUGCGCGCCGAUUCGACUGCAGCCCUGCUGGCGCUGGGGAAGAAGGCCAGGGCAGCUGGCCUGGUGACAUACACAGUGCAGGACGCAGGGAGAACGCAGGUGGCGCCAGGAUCCAGGACGGUGCUGGCCAUCGGCCCAGCACCCCGCACCGCCUUUGACGCCAUCACAGGGCACCUCAAGCUCCUCUGA